AAACAGAAUAUAUAUAUUAGAAAGCAAGACUGCGGGAGGGGAGGGGAAUUAACAUGGGAGGAAAUGACAAUUGUCUACCUCUUUUCGAAACGAGGCCAACCAAGGGUCGUAUACUUUUUCAAUUGUAUGUGGCUACAAUCUUUGUAGGCAUCAGCUUCAUCUGUGUUUACAGGGUGAGAUGGUUUCCAGAGCGAGGAAGCUGGACAGAGAGGUGGACUUGGGUUGGAUUGUCUGUUGCAGAACUAUGGUUUACUUUGUAUUGGCUUUUAACCGUUGUGGUUAGGUGGAACCCUGUCCGUCGCUUCACCUUCAAAGACAGGCUUUCUUGCAGGUACGAUGAUAAAGCAUUGCCAGGCGUGGAUAUCUUUGUAUGCACAGCAGAUCCAGUGAUGGAACCGCCAACAAUGGUGAUCAACACAGUGCUAUCGAUGAUGGCAUAUGAUUACCCACCUGAGAAACUAAGUGUGUAUCUGUCAGAUGAUGGUGGAUCGGAUUUAAUAUUUUAUGCCCUGUUAGAGGCAGCGCACUUCUCCAAAGAAUGGCUGCCAUUUUGUAGGAAGUUCAAAGUGGAGCCAAGAUCGCCGGAGGCAUACUUUCGGACUGCCGCCACCAAUCCACCAUCUCAUGAUUCUUUCAUGACCAAGGACUGGUUGAUGAUCAAGGGAAAAGUUGGGAAGAAGGUUUCUUACCCAACCAAACGCACCGUGCAGAGCACGUGGUUCCCUGAGGGUAGUUGAGUCUGUGAGGCCUUUUCCGGCAGCCGCUUGCGUAGAAAAUUCUUGCUUUGACGUUAAUCAUAUGUUUGUUUUAAUUCUUCUUGAUAUGUCUGUUUUAUCCCUUGCUGGCAUUUUCCAAUUUCUGAUUGAUUGAGACCAUCACAGAAUUUUUUAUUUUAUUGUUUGCCUGUUCCAUUAGACCACCACCAAGUAAAAUUUAUUAAAAUAGAAAAGUAUUU